AUGAGUCGACCACACAAGAAUUCUGCUCGAAGAAAUUUGAAUAUGAGUCGAUUUACGUCAUCAGAUCGCUACUACAUGUUUCAAGAUGUUGAUCGUUAUCAUCCGUUAACUUCGUUUACUCGACAUUAUAUCCCUUCCUCACAUGCCCAUGAACGAAUUGUACCAGAUACUUUGAGAAAUUUUAAAGUGGAAUCUCUUUUCGACUACUCCCUCUUGAAGAACAGUGAGGAUGAACCAUAUUUCAAAGGAGAUGCGUGCAAGCUGGAGCAUCGUCGACGAACCCGAGGUGUUAUAGUAGAAGCUAACUAUUCCAUGGAAGUUCCGAUUGCAUUAACUCGUUAUUUGCGUCCAAGUUUGAAAUUUGACGUUGUUACCACCAAAACUUUCCUUGCAAUGCUCUGUAGAUUUAUCGACAAUGAGCUUCGCUUUUAUCGCUUUAAUAUCGAACGUAUUGGAGAUUUAAUAAUUAUCGAGGAAGUGCCUUUCGGCGAUGCUCGCCCUACCAAAACCUAUCUCCAAGGAGCUUUGGACAUUCUAACUGGCCGGUUCAAGAAAUUUGAAACGUGGUAUUCAAGAGCAAGUAUGGAUUAUCGACAGAUAGCAAUGUGUGAAUUUGGUACAAAGUGCAUUCUAUUGCGACAACAUGUUGAUUUAGCGGAACGUUCAUCAAUUGGACAAAUUCGCACGCAUAUCAACUGUCAGCAAAACUAUGUUCGCCAGUAUCCUAAACAGCCAUUCCUCCCAAUGCUGCAGGAUACAAUUGCAUCUUUGUCAAAAUUCGAAAGAUUUUUUGAUCAACCGGAUCCCACUUUUCAAAUCGAUGGCACUAAUGUUAUAAUUCGUGGUCCAGUCGUGCCAGAGCCACCAAAAAAGCCAAUCGAAAUAAUGUGUCGAUCAUUCCAACGCUUUUCGUUUGAGAACCUUCAAAUGAAAUGGCCAAAUAUGAUUUUCUCGGGUGCUGACCGUAUUGUUAGUGUUCUACAUGUCCGAGGACUAAUCGACCACAAACCCAAAAGUUUCAGUUUCCAUGAAAUAGCACCUAAAGGGUAUAAGAACACCAUGGCACGCGCAUCAGCGCUUUGUCGACGUAUCUUUGAUUAUAUAAAGGAAAUUGACAAUCCGAGCUGCGACAAGUUAGCCUUGAUUUGGGUGAAUGACAAACAGUUUCCGUUGGAUGUCAAUGAUGGCAAUCAUUUAGUUCUGUAUCGUCGUCGUGGUAAAGGGUUUGAUGAGAGAGCAUUCAUCUCACCAUCACUUCGUACUUCGAUUCUUCAAGAAGAAUGA